GACGAUAAUAAGGGGUUCACCGUCUGUGUUGGGAGUUGUGCAUGAUUCUUGCUUCACAGUAACAGCUUGGGCUCAGUGAAGGCAGGUCGAAGAAGAAUAUCAAUGGCGGGAGGAGAACAACACGAAGCAAGCUCUGUUGUUUCUGAACUUAUCGACUUUCUUAACGCUUCUCCCACGGCCUUCCAUGCAGUUGACGAGGCGAAGAAGCGAUUGAAGAACGCAGGAUUCGAGCAGGUCUUAGAGAGAGAGGAUUGGAAGCUACAAGUCGGGAAGAAAUACUUCUUCACGAGGAAUUACUCCACCAUUGUUGCUUUUGCGAUCGGGAAAAAAUAUGUUGCUGGAAACGGAUUUCAUAUUGUUGGGGCACACACCGACAGUCCAUGUCUGAAACUCAAGCCCGUUUCAAAGGUAGCUAAAGGAGGAUAUUUGGAGGUCGGUGUCCAGACAUACGGAGGUGGGUUGUGGUAUACAUGGUUUGAUCGCGAUUUAACUGUUGCAGGCAGGCUGAUGAUAAGGAAAGGAAAGGGUGAUUCUGCGUCUUUUCUGCAUCAACUUGUAAGAAUGAAGGAGCCUAUAAUGAGGAUUCCUACGUUGGCAAUCCACUUGGACAGAGGUGUUAAUGACGACGGAUUUAAAGUGAACACACACAGUCAUCUCAUUCCAGUAUUGGCGACAUCAAUUAAGUCUGAACUCAAUAAGGUGGUGGCUGAGAAUGGUUCAGUUGAAGAUGGAGUUCAAGGUGGCAUAAAAAACUGUAAUGAGAAGAGGAACAGUGAUAACAUGAAGCAUCAUUCACUUCUAUUAGAGCUGCUUGCUGCUCAGGCUGGAUGUGAACCAGAUGAAAUAUGUGAUUUUGAGUUACAAUUAUGUGAUACUCAACCAAGCACCAUAGCUGGUGCUAUGAAAGAAUUCAUAUUUUCAGGAAGGCUUGACAACCUUUGUAUGUCAUUUUGCUCUUUAAAGGCACUGAUUGAUGCGACACUUACUGAAAGUUAUCUUGAGGAUGAGACUGGUGUAAGAAUGGUAGCGUUGUUCGAUCACGAGGAAGUGGGGUCUUCUUCAGCACAGGGAGCUAGAUCUCCAGCCAUGUUGGAUGCUCUGACAAGAAUAACAAAUACUUUUGGCUCAUCGGAAGCCAAGCUUCUUGAGAAAGCAAUACAGCGGAGUUUCCUUGUUUCUGCUGACAUGGCACAUGCCCUACACCCUAAUUAUAUGCACAAACAUGAAGAAAAUCAUCAACCAAAAUUGCAUGGAGGGCUUGUCAUUAAACACAAUGCCAAUCAGCGUUAUGCAACCAAUGCUGUCACUUCCUUUAUAUUCCGAGAAAUUGCAGAGAGGCAUGAGCUUCCUAUUCAAGAUUUUGUGGUCCGGAAUGACAUGCCUUGUGGUUCAACCAUUGGUCCCAUAUUGGCAAGCGGUAUGGGAAUCCGCACAGUUGAUGUUGGGGCCCCACAAUUAUCAAUGCAUAGCAUAAGAGAAAUGUGUGCCAUUGAUGAUGUGAGGUAUUCUUAUGAACAUUUUAAGGCUUAUUUUCAGGAGUUCUCUCAGCUUGAUGCUAAAGUUUGCGUGGACGUUGAACCCUGAGAUCUCUACCCUACCUUUGGUUGCUCUAGUACAGUUAAUCUGAAAACAUCACCUGUUUGGGUAUGAUGCUCUAAUCAGUUGUAA